CUUUUUAAGAAAUUCGAGUAUACAUCGUUACAAAAGAGCUGUUCAGUAAUGCACAAUGCAGGUGUUUAACAAUGGCUAAACUGAGCUGCUGCAAAGCGACAGUAUGUUUCCUGGUCGUUAAUUAAUUAAUUGUACUGCGGUCUCACGUGCGUUUUCACAACAGCCUCGAGCUCGAGUCAGCCAAUCAGAAGUGAUCACCGGAGCUCCAGGUUGCACCAAAGUGUUGCUGGCUGCUGGUGCUCUAAAAUUGUUGGUGAAGCGACCGUCCGUAACCCCGAACCAACAUGGGGAGGCUGAAUUUUUAUGUCCUUUGGUCCCUGCGUGACGCCCCCCGCCAGUUCAUUAGCAAAUCCAACCGAAGGUGCUUUCAAGUCCACAUCCCGCUGCCGCUUCCCAAACAGCUGGUCAUCUUUGGUCUUGGAGAAUGGAAAUGUAGUGAGACAACAAUCUCAGUAGAGGUUCUGGUCAGUGCAGAAGUACCGGCCGAGAAAAUUGGGACCCUGUCAGCGCAAGCAAGGUGCCUGACCUGGGAGGGUGACUGGAGCACUGACAUUGUCACAGUGGCAGCAGAGAGAAGCAGGAGAGGAGUUUAUGGCAAGAUUGUGCUCACAGUGUGUGGAGAGCCACAGGAUGAAGCCAGUGAGUUCAGCAGCAGUACUCCGCUGGUUCAAAGGAAAUGUCUGUUCCCAGAACAGCACAAUGCCACUGAUCUCUCUAGCACAUUACACCAAAACGCUGGAAAUGAAACGAUAACUAUGGACUCAUCACACUUGGGUGAUAGUGUUUGCUAUGCUGAGAUCCAAGUAAAUAAAAUUGACACCAGUGAUUCCACUAUGGGAAAUAAAGCCCCAGUUUGGCCUACGGAUAAGACACCCAGACGGACAGUUAUCAGUAAGAGAGGCCACCUGACAUGGAGCUCUGAGGACAUGGACAGUCUCACAGAGGACAUAGACCAGGCUUCAACCCCCAAGAAAAGGAGGCUGUCCAGGAUGAACAGCCAAGAGGAAAUGGCUGUACAGAUAAAGAAUGAGAACAGAGAAGUUUCAGUGUGUCCAUCAAAGCGCUGGAGCCACACAAUGUGUCUGAGUGACCCUGACACAGCCAUCCUCAUCGGAGGGGAGACUGCAGAUCAAAACUACUGCAAAGACCUCCUGUGGAAGCUUGAGUUAGACAGUGACUUCUGGUUUCCCAUGAACUCCUCUGCUUCUGGACCUGUACCACCGUGUGCCCGAGGACACUCUGCGACCUAUGACCCAGACUCUAAGUCAGUCUUCGUUUACGGUGGCCUGAGAGAGGGUCAGCGCUACAGCGAGCUGUACAUCCUCAAUACUGUGAACUGGAUGUGGAAGCUUGUCACUGCGAGAGGGAAUGUUCCAAAUUUGGCACAUCACUCUGCAGCGUUUUAUAAGAAAGAGCUUUUUGUCUUUGGUGGAGUUCAGCCGAGCCAUUUGUCUGGAGAUAAAUCCUGCAGUAAUGCUCUGUACAUCUUUAACCCAGAGUUUGAACUCUGGUACCAGCCGAUUGUGGAGGGGGACAGACCUCUGCCUCGGUUUGGACACUCAGCCACACUGAUGUCACAGAAGUUGAUCAUAUUUGGUGGACGUAAGACGGCUACCUACCUUAACGAUCUCCACGUUCUAGAUCUAGGAUUCAUGGAGUACGCAGCUGUGAAGUGUGGGAACAUACCACCGCUGCCUCGAGGGUUCCAUACAGCUAUUCCAGUUUCAGACAACAGGAUUUUAGUCAGUGGAGGUUGCAGUGCAAUUGGAGCCCUGCAGGAUGUACAUAUUUUCAACACUGACACCAACAUGUGGAGCUCAGUGGUGUCUCCUCUGCUUUGCUCCAAGCCUCGUGCGGGACACAGCAUGAUAAAGUUGGGCUGCUCCUUCCUAACAGACGCUGAGUGUGAACAGAGCGAAAAUGUCAGUGUCCGCUGCACAUUGCUGGUGUUUGGUGGGUCAGACUGCUCCGGUACCUUUUACAACGACACAGUCAAGUGCACAGUGGAGGUUCCUGGUGACAAGUGAUGGAUUCAUAAGGGAAGAAAUCCACACAGGACAAUUGUUUCAUCAUUUUUAAACAGUGGAGAUGCUGUGAUCAGCCCCGAUAAUGUGACACAAUCUCCAUGUGUAUGUAUCUGUGACGGUUAUUUUUCUUCUUGGUGGUUUGUCUUUACAUGUUAUAUAAUUUUUUGUAUGAUAUAUUCUGGACCUUAGAUUUGUAUUGUAGCUUCAUUUUAUUCUUUCGAAUCUCUUUAAUAUCCAUAUUUCCCGCACACGGGAAAUAUGCUGGGAACAGUGAGCUGAGAAGUUUUGCACUUUGCAUAACAAAUCUCUGAUCUGCAUGUUUUAGACAUUACUUUAUGUCCUCUGCCUUGUCUCCACACAUGUAUUUGAGAUAAAGUGCUGGACUGGGUAAAAGGGAUGAAGUCAAAAUGCUAAUAAAUAUUUUUAACUCAAA